AGGAAACCACCAAGCUCCGCCAUUAUCCCGCCUUCCAGACGCAUCCUGAACCACCACCACCACAGACACACCACCCAUCACCCUUAUCAUGCAGGCAGUCUAGGUCUGUCUCCCCAGCUGUGACCCACCCGAGGCUGAGGCAGCUUCUCCCACAGAGCUCCACACCCCCAGGGGGAGCCCCACAGAGAUGGCUGAUUCAGACCCCUCGUCCCCUUCCGAUCCCCCACGGCCGCUGAGCUCCCCACGCACCCCUCUCUCCCUGUCCUUCCCCUUCCUCAGGGAGGGAAGUCGGGUGUGGGAGAGGGAAAGGAAACCCCCCCUGAUGCCAGGCGAGCUGCCCAGCCCUCUGCCCACCAAACGCACCCGCACAUACUCAGCGUGAGUAGGAAUAAUCUGUGGUGGUAGAGUGAGUGAGUGUGUGUGUGUUUGUACAUGGCCUUGAGUGUGAUCUAUGAGGCUCUGGUCACUAUCAGGGACUAGGGAGCCAUUUUGGAUGCAAGCCCUGAGAAUAGCCUGCAUGGGUUAAUGUUGUUUGUUUCUCUCCUGUGUGUCUUUCUCAGUACGGUGCGGGCCAGAUCAGGCCCAGUGUAUAAAGGUGUGUGUAAGACCUUCUACAGGUCCCAGGGUCAUGGCUUUAUAAAGCCCUCCAACGGUGGAGAGGACAUAUUUGUACACAUCUCUGAGUGAGUGAUUCUGAAGCAUUAAGAUUAAAUAAUAAUCUACAACACACUUUGGGACUGAGAAGAGUUAUGCCAAUAUGCGUUGUACCUAAUAUCAUAUUUUAUAAUCACAAUCCACCUUAUUGCUUUAUCAUAUAUUUAUAAACUUUAAUGUCCUAGAGAGGCCUGGAUUCUCUCAUAAUAAUUUUCUCCCCCUCUCCCUUUUUAGUAUCGAUGGAGAAUACGUGCCGAUGGAAGGUGACGAGGUCACGUACAAAGUCUGUUCCAUCCCCCCCAAGAACCAGAAGAUCCAGGCAAUGGAGGUUGUCAUCACCCACUUGGCCCCAGGAACCAAGCAUGAGACCUGGUCUGGACAGAUCAUCAGCUCCUAGACCUCCACCUGGAAAGAGGCAGUGUUGGGAAGAGUGGGGGUUGGGAGGGAAGGUGGGAAGGAGCCUAGAGAGGAGAGGUAAAGGGGGAGGAAGGAGGAAGUAAACAAGCACAGGGAGCAGUGGAAGGAGUGAUUAUGUAAAGGUGUAACCUGGGGGUUGGAAUGUGGUAAUAUAAGUCUUAAGAUGGCAUUAAGUAGGUUUCAGUUGGAAUGUGAAUGAGGAAAAGUUAAUUAUUUAAGUUAAGAAAAGGGUCAAGGUUAAGUUGGAUUAAAGGUUGAUGGUUUAUUUAAGAUUAUUUAAGAUAGCAGAAGUCUAGUAAGUUUAAUAAGACACUGCUGUAGGGAAUACUGAAACAAAGGACAACAAACCUUCCUAAAUUAUGUUUUUAUUAAUACUUUUGAUUUAUUUAUUUAUUUAUUUUUUCGUUAUGACAGGUGAGGUAGAUAUUGUUGAUAUUAUUAUAAAUGUGUGUUUUAAUGCCAAUAUAUGCCUAGUCUAACCCAUCGCACAAUUCACUCUGAUGAUACUGCCCUGGUAACGCCUACUCCUUCAGUCUAAUGUUGACCAAUGACCAUUUAUUAAUCUUUGUAACAGUUAUUGAUGAUUACUAAGAGGUUCAAACCCCCUUUUUUUUAUCAUUAAAACACAUGUUAUCCAUACUAAUAGACAAGAUAUGAACAUGCACUGUUGUCAAUAGUCAAGUACUUUCAUCAUGCAGUGACCUUGUAAACAUAAUUAGGUUUCUAUGCAUUGUUAAUACCAUGUUUUAUUUGUGACUAACAUAUAUAUAGUACUGUCUGUUUUCUUAUGUUAGGAAACUGUUUGAAGUUUCAUUGUGUUCAAGAUCACUUUUUCUGUCGAAUCACUGUGACUAGCGUGUUGUCAUUAGGAUAAAAAGUUACGACUGUAUUAUUCACAUACCUGUGUGAAAAUGUGUUGAUUAUUUUCAUUAAUAAAUUAACCUGUGGUCAAAAAUAGGUUAUUAGCAGU